CACACUGAAACAUUUUCAGAUUUUUAAGCUUUCUUCUUAUAUCUCAGAAGGGGACCAGAGAAUCAAUCAAUAUACACAUAUAUUGGUUCCACCACUUUUCUUGAUUUCUCCAUUUGAAUUGUUUCUGUUUUUUUUUUCUUUUCUUUGUAAACCAACCAUCAUGAUCAGUUACCAAGAAGAAUGGAUACUUACACUUGUAUCGUUGUGAUCCUCUGCAUAUCCUUGUUUGCAGUCAAUCUAGUGUUUUCUUGUUUCACUUGCUUUUCCAUUCUACAUAGCUUCAUGACACACACAGACCAAGGCUUGACUGAACUCAGGGAGAACCUUAUUGAACCGGAAGAAGCUGAACCAGAGGAGAACGUAAUAACAAUUGCAGUCUCAAGAAACCACGGAUUUUCUGAUUCCAUUGAUGGUGAUAGUUGUGGCCAAGAUUGCUCUCAUGAAAUUUGUGCUUGUUGAAGAAAAGUUGGUUUGUAUCUAACAUGACACUCCUCUCUUCAUCUUUUGCAAAUUUUCUUGGGUUCUCCAAAAUUUAUUUAUUUAUUUCCCUUUGUGUAUCAUGAGAGAUAUAAUAUAGUCCGAAUAUAUGUAUUAUACAUACAGGUCAUCAUGUUUUGAUACGUGCUCUGUGAAGCUUAUCCCACUUUUUACUUAAGGUUAUUUUUUGUGCAGCAUAUACCAGCGAAAGUAAUAUAAAGCUCAACAACGAAGUUGAUAGUUGACACUUGACAGAAACAUCAAUUACAAAAGAAAAAAAUAUUAGGAAAACAGAAAACAAAGACAACUAAUUGUAGUGACAGAUUUCUCCUUUUUGUAUUAUUUUAUCGUUCACUAACUAAUAAGAACAAAUGAAGGUGAUAAAUCAUUUUAAAUGAUGGAUUAGAUAGAUGAAAAAGAAAGCGAUGUGAAACUUUAAUGAUUAAGGAGAAAUUAGUUAGUGUCAUAAUCAUUCCCACGAACUCGAAGCUUCGAUCAAUGAAUUUAAGAGUAUUGAUCAUAA